AGUCGCUUCAUUUUCUUGUUUAUGUCACCUACUUUGUUUGUUUCACCUAUUUCAUUUGGUUUCAAAUAAAGACAUCCUUUAGUAUAUGGUUGUUCAUGUUAUCUAUCACAAGUUUCAUGUUCUACUUUUAAGUUUUGUACAUAUAACAGAAAUAAUAACGUUACUUUUGUAUUAUAAAUUCUGUCAUAAUUCACAAAACUAUACCUAACUAUUAUGGAUGGAAUUUACUAUCCACUUCACCACGUAACCUUAGUUAUUCAUACAUGAUAAAUCUACGGUUACGUUUACCCGUUCUUCUAUUUGAAAAUUUGGGUAUAUUUCGCUAUAACUUAUUCUUUUAUAAUAAAUGGAUCAAUUUAUAUCUCUUCUCUCUCUUCUAAUUUAAAAUGUCUCUCCCGCAAAGUCUGCCUGCCUUCUCUUAACGUAUUUUCCUCCUCUCUCUCUCUCUCUGCUCACUCCUACCAUUUUCUUUCCCUACAGAAAACUUUUUCCUGAAAAGAUUCUUGAAACUAUUCUUGCAAUGGGUAAGAUCCGACCCGGACCGGAUCCAAAAGCGGCAUUGAUCUCAGAGAUUUGUUCCCUGUCGAGAUCACCAAUCUCUUGCAUUCACAUCAAUCGCUCGGGUUCAUGUUUCAUCGACUGGUAUCUCAUUCUCGGUGUCCAGGAAGAUGCCGAGGUCAAGCUCAUACGUAAACGAUAUCACAAACUAGCUCUGAAGAUUCAUCCCGAUAAAAACAAUCACCCAAAAGCGGAUAUUGCUUUCAAGCUCAUCCACGAGGCUUAUUUAUGUCUUUCAGACGAAACAAAGAGAAGAUGCUUCAACACAGACCGUCGAAAGAAUACAUGUCUGAAAUGCAGCCGAGUCUCACACAAAACCAAAGAGAACCGCACAGAGACUAAACCGAACCGGUUUUGUCAAACCCUCAGGGACAUUAGGGAUAAGUUCAGAGAAGAGAACAAGGUGAUAGAGAGAUGUCUAAAGACCAACGGUGCAAAUUUCAUGGGGAACCUAACCGAGGAAACCCCGGUUUUUGGUACACCGAAACAGAACCGGUUUAAGAAGGAGUUGCCGGUUUUUAAUCCAUCGGACUACAAGUUAUGUGGUUAUCCACAUGUGAGGAACCGGGUGUUGGAUAAUAACUUGUCGGAUUGGAAGAUGUUCAUGAGAAGCAGAUCCACAUGUGUUCACUCUUCAUGAUGAUGAUAAAGUUUUUUUCAGUUAUUUCUUUUUUACUUAUUCUUUGUCAUUUUAGUAAGCUUUAAUGAAUUAUUUCAUAAUUCAAACUCAUAUAAAACUUUUGAUUACAGGUAAUCACCAUUAGUUAACUCAUACAAAAAUUGCUA